GUCGCCCGCAGCAGCAGAUGAACCUGCAAUAAUCGUUGUCGACGCACAGUACGCACACCGGUCCUUGCUCAGUGUCCCGUGUAUCUUUCGCGUGCGUUAGUUAGUGUGUAUUUGUGUGUGUGUAUGUGUGUGUGUGUCUUUACUCGCCCGCGCGUGUCGUUGAUCACGUGCGAUUUUUUUGUUAUUAAUUAAUUUUCAUUCUCGCCGUCCGAUACGGACUAUAAUAUUCGUAUCAAUUCCUUCGGACUUCUGCGUGUAAUCGUGCAAAUAAUUGUACUGUCGGAAAUGUGGCAGCAACCAGAGUCGCUCCUCCUCCUCGUCGCCGUUGCCGCCGUUCUCUAAACGCACUGCACGGAACUUUUCGACGACGGUCCGUCGUACCGCCGACAGAAGAGAAAAAUAUCCUCAUCAUCGUCUCUGUGUUUCAUCCAUUGCGGUUAAACGAAAGAAAAUGUUUUUGGAAAACGAACACCAGCCAAUUAUUAGUCAUUCUCCGUAUGAUUUAGCUCGUCCAUUGGAUCACCAUCAUCUAAAUCAUCAUCUCCAUCAUCAUCAGACCUCGACAAAUCAUCAGUCAGUCGGUGAUCUACACCAAGAUGAUUCGGAAGGCAGGAGCACGGCCAGUUCACCGACGUCUAGCUACCGAGACUUGUCGGGGUGUGAAGACUUUGACCUGAAAAUCCCGAAACCUACCGGUGCCGGUUCCGUGACUGGUGGCGGAAGUGGUGGUAGCAACAAAGAGCAGAAGCCAAAAAAGCACAAGUGCAAGCAUUGUGGGCUGGAAUGCACGGAAAAAGUGCAGUACUGGAAGCACAUCCGCACUCACAUCAAACCGGAACAGCUGCUGGAGUGCCCAAACUGCGAGUUCGCCACCGACCUGAAACACCAUUACGAGUACCACCUGCUAAACCAUACGGGUGCCAAGCCGUUUACGUGCCCGGACUGCGACUACAAAUGUGUGAGCAAGUCGAUGCUCCAGUCUCACCUCAAGUCACACUCGAACGUGUUCCAGUUCCAGUGUUAUGACUGCGGUUACGCGUCCAAGUACAUGCACAGCCUGAAACAGCACCUAAAGAAACGCGACCACCGGCCGGCCACGCCGCUCAACCCGGACGGCACACCGAACCCGGAUAUCGUGAUAGACGUGGUAGGUAAUCGGCGCGGGCCCAGACAGAACAAGAAACAGAACCGUCACAACCCGUACCAUCACCAGCAGCAACAACAACAGCAACAGCCGACGAUAGUGUCGUCGUCGCAGGAUGAUGGGGGCAGCAGUAGCGGCGGACAUCCGUCUCCGUAUUCCAUGCAACAACUGCUGCAGUUGCCUUCGUCCGGCGUCGCUCCGGCCGUGUACUCGACCCCGGCUGAGUCUUUCAUGUACUCGAUGAUCACCAAGCGUUCCAUGGAAAUGGUCGAUUACCAGGCCGAGUACUUGGCCAUCAAGAACAAUAACAACAAUUCUACGGCUGUCGACGACAAGAUGGACGCUCAACAGCAACACCAUCAUCACCAACAACAACAGCAGCAGCAGCAGAAGCACUAUCACCAACACCACCACCACCAUCACAAGCAAUACCAUCCCGAUGAUGUGGUCCAAGCCGAGGUGGACAGCGGCGAUCGGACGCCCGAACCACCGGUCGUGGUCACUGAGUCCUCCGCAGUAACGUCCCUGCAUGUGUCCGCCGCUGUCGUCGAAACGGGACCGUUGAAUUUAAGCAAAGAUUCGGUGGCUCCACGUGCCGCAGGUAGUAGCCGCCGCAAGGGCAUCGCGUGUAAACUCGAACGUCCUGCCGUGGCCGAACAACCACCGCCACCGAGAGUAGCCGCCGCGACGAUUCUCCAGGCGCAUUGCCAUGAGUAUAAGGUUAAGGAGGAAGUGCAGCAACCGACUAAGGAGGAAUUGCCAUUCCAGCAACAGCAGCAACAGUCGCCACUAAACAAGGAAGAACUCCUCUUGUCGCAACAUCAGCAGCCGCAGUCUGUAUCAUCACCUGAAAAGGACGACGAGACGCAUGUGUGCCACCAUUGCGAUAUCAUUUUCAAGGAGAACAUCAUGUAUUCGAUGCACAUGGGUUUCCACAGUUUCAGAGACCCGUUCGCGUGCAACCUGUGUGGCGAAAUAACGGCCGACAAGUUUUCAUUUUUCGCUCACAUAGCUCGCGUACCGCACAGUUAGACGGCGCACCACUGGUCACCACCACCGUCGUGUGCAGUCCUCGUUACCGGAUGAUCGCCGUUGUCGUCAUCGCAGGUCCAUCAUCGGGGCCAAUGUUCCUAUUUGUCGCAGCCACCAUCACCACCUUUCGGCAACCGUAGAGUUCAAAUUUUAAACAAAUUAUCCUUAAGUAAGACUUAGGAUUUAUUGUGAGAAAGAAAAAGUAUUAUUUUUAAGUAAUAUGUUUAUAUUUAUACCACUAACGAAGAGAAAACACUUAACCUACCUCUUAACUAAUGAUAUUUUAAAUCGGCGAUAGCAGUAAUACCCUCCGUAACUCUUGUGUUUACGCAGGGCUUUCGCUAUGCUCGUUUGCGUUCAUAAUUUCUUUUUUAGUUCUAUAAUUUUUCAUUCGUCGCGUUGUUUGAAAAUUUUAUGUUACCGGAUCGCCAAAUAUAAGGUUUUCAUUUAUGCGCGCAGUGAAUAAACCACCGCCGGAUGGGUAUUGUAUUCGAUUUUUAAAUAAUAAAUAAGUUAUAACAUUUUUUAUUUAAAAACCGAUCACCACUACCGCCGGUAACCGUAAUCGAGGUUUUCAUAGAAUCGUAAAAAGAAAAUAUUGACUUAGACAUUUAUCCAUAUGGCCGUGGUAAAAUGUUAAAAUAAUUGUUAAUUUGUUAUAAUUUAAACAAUUAAAUAUUUUUUUAUCGU